AUGGCUGGCGAUUGGAGAAUCAACGCCGAAGAACGAGCAAGGUACGAAUCGUACUUUCAACAAUGUGGCCCAACACAGGGCUAUCUUUUGGGUGAACAAGCAAGAGACUUUUUCGUUAAGUCCGGUUUACCUGGCGAUAUUCUUCGAAAAAUUUGGGACUUAGCUGAUGUUACAACUGAUGGUCGUCUAGAUUUACGAGAAUUUAUCAUUGCAUGUCAUUUAAUAGCAUCACAGGUUCAAAAGAAAGGACCAUUGCCAGCAACUCUUCCACCUAGUCUUCUUUCGGAUUCCGUAGUUACAAUAAAUGGUGUACGAGCCGUAACUGCAUCGCCAUUGACAAUCACGCCUUCCAAUCAACCUUCAAUAUCGAGUCAACUGCCUGGAUCUAUUUUAAAAACAGCUGGUCUAAAUAAUAUUCUAUCUGUAACUCCAACAAUUCGCUCGAAAUACAUCCGAAAUUUUCAUUCAUUAGUUGAUGUAACAAAAACUAAUGGAUUUAUGAGUGGCUUACAAGCUAAAACUAUUCUUCAACAAACUGGCUUAUCAAAUGCUCUUCUUCAUCAAAUAUGGGAUUUAGCCGAUCACGAUAAAGAUGGCUGUUUAACACCAGAUGAAUUUGUUAUUGCAAUGCAUUGUUGCGACAUUGCACGUACAGGUCAACCAUUACCAACACAUUUUCCUGAUGAAUGGUUAGUGAAAAAUACAGCACCGACUGAAACUGCUGCAGCUAAUCAUCUAAGUGAUGCAGCCGCAGAAGCUGAACGGAAAUCUAUUUUAGCAACAUAUGAAGAAAAACGUUUGAAAAAUUAUGAAGAUGGAAAUCGAGAACUGGAACGACGUCGACAAUUAUUACGCGAGCAAGAAGAACGCGAACAGAAAGAACGUGAAGAACGAGAACGUAAACGUGAAUAUGAACUACAAAAACAGAAGGACGAACAAGAUCGUAAAAAACAAAUGGAGAUUGAAAAACAAUUAGAGAAACAACGUCAAAUCGAACAACAAAAAGAAGAAGAACGUAAAAAACUCUAUGAACAACGUGAGGCCGCACGAAAAGAAAUGGAACGUAAAAGUCGCCUCGAAUGGGAACGUCAACGUAUGCAAGAAUUAUCAGCACAAAAAUCCCGUUUACUCGAGCAAAUCAAUGAUUUUAAAUCUCGUGGAAAAGCUUUUGAACUUGAAUUAGAAAGUAUGGAUGAUACAAUGCAAACAAGUCAAGUCAAAAUAAGUCAAAUCGAAACAGCUAUACAUACAAUUGAUGUAUCCAUAGCUGAAAUACAAAGAAAUAUAAUGAGCGAGAGAAGUCUUUUUGAUAAUGCUGAACAACAAGUCAAAGAUUUUAAAAUGCAAUUAAAUAAUGUACAAGCAGAACGUGAAUCACUUGAUUCAUCAUUAAAUCAACUUAAUGAAUAUAUAGAAUUUGGUACGAGUAAUCGAGAAUCGGAUCAAAUCAAAUAUUUACAAGUUCAAAUUGAAACAAUGAAAGAAGAAAAUACACAAAUAGAUGAACAGAUCGUAGCAACAACUGAUCAGUCUAAAGAAUAUCAAAAUCAAAUGGAGGAACUGCGUCUUCAACUUGAUCAACUCGAACAAGAAGCUAAAGCUAAACAACCAAUAGAAGAAGUCGCAAUUCCAGCUACAGAUUUCGCUAAUUUCGAUCAAUUCAACGCUAAUAUUCCUACUGAGGAUAUAAAUAAACAAUCGACUGACGUAUCUUCUUCAUUAUUUGUUGCUCCAACGACUACAUCUCCUCUACCAACUAUAGAUGUAGAUCCAUUUCAAACAGUGGACCCGUUUGCUUCUCACUCUGAUGUGGUAACGACAACAGCAGCUAAUGAUUGGUUUCAACCAUCAAAAGAGGGUCAAAAUACAAUAACAGUUGAUCCAUUUCUUGCAAAAGUUGAACCCACAGAAAAUGUACCAACUAUAGCAUCACCAAAAAUCAAGAAAGCAGCGCCAAAAGCAAAUCCUAAUAAUAAAACGACACCAAGAUCACCACCUACAACUGCGGAUCCAUGGGGAGAAUCUGCAACUGCGAAUACCAAUAGCAACGAUUGGGCACAAUUUAAUAACAAUACAAGUUCACCGUUCGGUACGGCAUCUGAUUGGCCACAAUCAGCAAAUGUUUCUAGCGAAAACUCAUCGACUGAUUUAAUUCAAUAUCAAGCUUUAUAUGAUUAUAUACCUGAACGUCCUGAUGAAUUGGCUAUAACAUCUGGAGAUAUCAUAGCAGUUGAUCCAAGUAAACAACAAGAUGAACAUUGGUUAUAUGGUCAUAUUGGUAAUGACAAACAAGGAUUCUUUCCAGUGGUUUAUGCUGAACGUAUCGUAUCAACACCAUUAAAUAAUGUGGUUGAUACUACAUCACCAUUAUUGUCUGGAUCAUGGGUGAUAACGUUAGCAGACUAUGAAGGCAAAACAGUUGAUAAACAUCUAUCAUUUCCAAAAGGUGAACUUAUUCUUGUACGAGAACAAAAAGAUGCAACAUGGUAUAGUGGCCAACUUCAAGGCAAAGUUGGUUGGUUUCCACGAAAAUAUGUUCGACCAGCAACUGAUGUUGAAAUAGAAAAUAACAAAAAUACGACAAAAACUACACCAACAAAUGAAAAACCAUUGAAUUUACCAACUUCCAAUGAUCCAUCAUCAAAUAUUGUCGAUAAUGCUUGUCUAUAUGAAGCUAUUUAUGCGUAUGAAGCUACUGAUCCAUCAGAUUUAACAUUUCAAGUUGGUGAACAUAUUAUUGUCUUACAACGUGAUGGUGAUUGGUGGACAGGAUGCAUUGGUGAUCGUACAGGAUUAUUUCCAAGUAAUUAUGUUCAACAAGUUAAUCAUAUGCAGGAAACAGCUAUUGCAAUAAAACCAUUUCAAAGUACAGAAGAAGAUCGUUUAUCAUUUGAAGAAGGUCAAAUAAUUUAUAUAAUAAAAAACGAUGAUAAAGGAUUGUAUCAAGGAGAAAUACGAUUUCCUGAUCAACCAGUACGUGUUGGUUGGUUUCCAGCUGAAUGUGUACAAAUACAAGAGAUCAACCCAUCGGCAUCUUCACAACCAAAUACUUCGCAAUUACCACAAUGCAUUGCAAUAUUUCCAUAUGAAGCUCAACAAGAUGACGAAUUAAGUUUUCCGGCUGAUGCUGUUUUAGAAAUUUUACAUGAAGCAAAUGCAAGCGGAUGGUUUCAAGCUCGUCUUGGUGAUCAAGUUGGUUUGAUUCCAUCGACUUAUGUACAACCGAUUGAGUCUCAUAAUCAAUCUUCAUCUGUACAAUGUCAGCUUUCUUCAAAUAUGAUUCCGUCUACAUCGACAACAGCCAAUUCUUCUCAACAUCCUUUUUGUGAUAAUUCAACAAUGGUAUCAAUGGAUGAUUCAUCAUCUCGUGAAAGAUUAAAUAAUUCAUCACGUAUAUCAGCUAUUCGAGAAUUAAUUGAAACUGAACAACGUUAUGUUAAUGAUUUACGUAUUAUUGCUAAUGAAUUUAUUAAACCGUUAAGUAAUGGCCGAGUUUUAAAUGAUUAUGAAAUUGAACAACUAUUUAGUAAUUGGUUUAGUUUAAUUGCAUGCAAUACUGUUUUUCUAUCGACAUUAGAAGAACAAGUACGAUACAAAGAGCAUAGUCUCCCACCCGAUAUUGAAGUAUCUAUGCGAACAUCUCGUUCGGUAUCGAUGUCAAAUAUUUCAAUGGUUACACCGACUCCAACUGUUCCGUUUGUCGAAAAACGUCCUCGCUCAUUGACUCCUCAUCUUUAUGAUUCGCCUCCUGGUGGCAGAUUAUCUUAUCCUAUUGAAAAUGAAUGUCAUCAACGUUCCGAUGAUAAUAUUGUUCCUCAAUUGUCACAUUUAGCAUCAUCCAUGACUAUAGAUCAAUCAACAAGAAUAGGUGAAAUUCUUUGUUCCUAUUUACCAUAUAUGGCUGAUACUUACUUUGAAUAUUGUAAUUGCCGUUCACAAGCAAAUAAGUAUUUACAAUCAAAAGUUGAAUUAAACGAACAAUUCCGCUCAUAUUUACAAGCUUUUCAAAGUAAAACCGGUGGUUUAUCAUUAAACAGUUUUCUAACAAAACCAAUACAAUGUGUUACACGUUAUCCAUUGUUAAUCGAAAAAAUCCUUAAACAUACACCCAUAAAUCAUCCUGAUUAUCAACCUAUACAACAAGCAUUUGAAUGUGCACGCCAAUUAAAUAAACGAAUUAAUAAACAAAUAAGUGAGCAAGAAAAUAGUGUACGUUUAGAUUGGUUGCAACGUCAUAUUACAUUAAAUACAGAUGAAACGUCUGCAGAUGGAUAUAUAUUUGAUGAAGUAUUAAAAUUUAAUUCUAUGACUAAAUUUCAUAUACAACGACAAUUACUGUUGCAUGGCCUUUUAAUGAAGGUAUCGAGUGGAAAAGAAUUAGUAGCAUUUUUAUUUAACGAUUUUCUUUUACUUUCAACUAUAAAAAUAUCGUCACAUAAUUGGCAAUCACAAUUAUUUGAAUCGAAAUCAAAUUUACAAUUAAAACUCUAUCGAUUGCCAUUAUUAUUAGCCGAUAUCGUUCUUGCACAUGAAAUGCUCAAUGAUCAAUUCAGUUUUUCUAUUCGAACGAAAAUUCAUGAAAAACCAUUACUUUUAAAAACACAACACACUAAUAUUCGUACAUUAUGGGUAAAAACAAUAAAUACUGCUCUUGAAAAUUAUCAAACAACAGAGAAAUCAAUUCUAACCGAUAAAACAUUAUUUACUAUAAAAGACCAAGAACCGAAAUCUGCUAUUGCUCGUCUUAUUCUGAUUGCAGUAGAAGCUCGUGAUUUAAUACCAUCAACGACAAGCACUGAACGACAUCGCAGUUUAAAUCCCUUUUGUGAAAUAACGGUUGGCUCGUUAACAUUAAGAACACCUGUCAUGAUUCGAACAAAUAAUCCAAAAUGGAAUGCAACUAUGGAAUUUGCUCUCUAUGAUCUUGUUGAAGAUAUUAUCCAUAUAAAUAUAUUUGAUAAUGAAGUUUUUUCUCCGAAUGAAAAUAUUGGUCAUACAUCUAUGCAUCUGAUAGAUAUCUUGCCGUUUGCAUUUGACACAUUUCUUUCUCAAUCAUCAUCAUCACAUACAUCUAUACAAACAAUCUAUUUAAACAAUGGAGCAUCAAUGGUCAUGAAAUGUGCUAUUGAAUUUCUAUCGUGA